AUGGCCACCGAACCGAUGCAAGCUGCGUUCCGCGCGCAUGUCGAGCCGACGCUGAGUGCGCUGCGUGUACAUGCCAAGGAUUCUCGUCCUGCGUAUGCACUGGCUGGGUUGUGCGCGGCCGCGAUGCCUUUUGGAUUUGCGCACGCGACAUUGAAUGCGCAUGCAGCCAAGACGAUUCCCCGGCUCGUGCCGCCCUUCUGGCAGAUGCUGGGCUUUGGCGUGUUCUUUGGUGCAGGCGGCUAUAUGAUUGAUCAUGGCGACAUACUGAAUGGAAGCGGCGUCAUCUCGGCAUGGUCCUUGACCUACCUGUGCUUCAAGACGUUGCCGGUGCUGCCCUACCUGUGGCGCUCGCCUUUGUCGCUCGCGGUGAGCACCAGUGUGACUGGAAUUGGCCUCGGCGUGUACGGAAACUACUACUUUGACGAGGCGAGCUGGCGCGGCGCCAUUCCGGGUCUGCUGCCCGAGCCGAAGCAGAAGGAGACAUAG